CGACAUUCUACAUGGUCUACACCCACACAAUAGGGCUUGCUGCAUUCCUGGUACCAAGCAGAGCAGCUCAAUGGCAAUGGCUAGUAGAAGAGUGUUUCGUUUAGAUAUCAGUCAUAUGAAGUUGGUGUCUGAUGUCUUAAAAGAAAGUCACUUCAUUGAUGCUGACUGGUUUGAGUUAGGAAUGGGAUUGAACCUACCUUAUCCUGGCCUGGCAAACAUCAGAGCUAGAUUUACUGAUCCUUCUCAGUGUUUACUGGAGUGCUUGAGCUUGUGGUUGACUUCAGCUAAUAAUCGUACUUGGGAAUCAUUAGCUAGUGCACUUGAGAGAAUGAAUAAAAAACCAGCUGCUACACUCAUCCGUAAUACAUGUAAAGUUAACAUACAUAAAUACAAGUAUAAACUGAAAUUGAAGCUAUUGACUAAAGGGAAGUUGAUAAAUGAAAUAUUCAAAUCAAAGAAAUCAGAGACUCAGUAUUUCCGAACCUCUCUCCUAAUGAAAGCAGGUACUGACUCUACUGGUAUAAUCUGUCUAUACUAUCUCAUCACAGGAAGAAAGGAGGCAUUAGUGGAGUAUAAGCAAGAGAUUGAGUUACUACAAGAAAAUGUAUCAAUAACUAGUGCACAACUGCUGAUGAGUCAAAAGGGGAAUAUUGAGAGUAUGUGA